CCAGUGGUUGCGGUUUCGGUUUCCCUCCGAAAGAUGUCGCGGCCCUCCCGUCGCCUGCAAUCGCUGCCCGAACGUACAUGAACCGCAAACUGCGACCUCCGCCUGACGGGAGCGCUUCUCCGUCGCUACUUCCUUGACCAUGAGUAGCCGCGAUCUGAGCAGGGCGGAGCGGUUCGAGGAUGAGAAGCGGCGCAUCAUCGACAGUUGCUUCAACAAGCGCGACGAGGACGGUUCUGCCUUGGAAACAUACAUCACCCACAUCAGGAUUACCGAAUACCAGUCGUCCCCCACGGCUCCGCCCCCGCCAUCAGCAAAGAACCCCCAGUCGGAGAAGCCUCGAGUCAUCAUCGUCGCCGUCCGCAAAUCGGGCCGCGUGCGCGUGCACAAGUCCAGGGAGAACCCCAACGGCACCUUUUCGAUCGGCAAGACGUGGUUCCUCGACGAACUGACUGCCAUUGAAUCCUUUACCAGCCCGACGGCGAACCCAAACAGUCAACAAUGGGCCGGAGACGUGGGCUUCAUUGUGACGCUCGGAAAGCCCUAUUACUGGGAAGCCCAGACCGACAAGGAGAAGAAGUUCUUCAUUGCCAGUCUCAUCAAGAUCUACAACAGGUACACCGGCGGGCGCACGCCGAACCUGACGGGCUUCGACCAGCGCGAACUUGACCAAGUCCUCAGCGGUGCCCAGGCGCCCCCGCCGCGGAGACAGGAGCGCCCGCCGCCGAGGCCUGCCCCGCUUGAUACUGCACCAAACAGCGGAAAUGCCUCGAUAUCCCCCGGAUACAAUGCGCUGCUCAGCGGCCAGGCCUCGUCGACCCCGGGGUUCCCGGAGAGAAUGGCGUCCCGCAACCCCUUGGUGCCGAACGGCAAGUCAUCUCCAGCGCAAAGCAUCGAUACCGGGCGCCCGUCCCAGGACCAGCAGUCUCUACGCCGACUAGCCUCGAAUAACAAGAGUCAGGAGUCGGUCGCAGCGUCAUCCAUUACACGGAGCGAGGAUGCCAACAGCCUUCGCCCGAGGUCGAGGAACGGCGUCAACGGGACCUCUCCGUAUGCGACCCCCGAGCCCACUCCCGUUCCAGCCGAGGAAAAGCCUCCCGAGCGGAAGCGACCCCCCAUGGAUCCGCUUAGUCCACUCCAGGUCGACAGAGAUCUGGUACCUGCGCCGCUCAUGAGCCCGGGCAUGCGCCGGGAGCCUACGGUCCCGCCUCGAAGUGUGGAAAGAAUAUCCCCUCGCAAAGACUCUAUCAGCCGGCGCAACGAACCGCCGCCCCGUGCCGAGCAGCCUACAACACCCAAGGACACGAGUCCACUGGACCUCCGGGGCGGUUCGCCGAGCGCCGCCAUGGCGCCGCCACCUUCGGCGCCGCCGACUUCUGCCGUACCAGCUGUUCCCACGCCUGCGGCCGAUAGCACUCCACCCGAGCCCGCUCCCGAGCCGGAGGAGGAGACACGGCCGGGUCUCGGUCCCAUGAUCAAGGCGAAGAAGUCCAGGGGAGAGAUUGCCGGUGCCUUCUGGAAGGCUGCGACGGCAGCUAGCGCCUUCAAGCCCCGUCCUGGGGGUGCGGCAGAUCGUCUGCGGCAGAAUCAGAACAAGACUAGCGACGGACCCGACGGGAUCACGAGCGUGGUUCCAGCACCUCCCAAGCCAGCGCCGGUUCAAAAGCCAAAGGAGCCCACUCCGUCCGUGGAACCGCCGUCCAAGGCAGCUGAUAGGAGCCCGGCCCCCGCCGUUCCCGAAGUGAAGGUCACCGGGUCGGACUCUACCGCCGGGCAGAGCAGCGCUCAAUCCUCGGCUAAGGAUGCUAAGGAGAAGAAGGCCGAAGAGCCGCCGACGGUGGAGGAAUCGCGGCGGUCCAUCGUGGCCGGGAAUGACAUCAAGUACCUGGCGACGCUUGGCAUAGAACCAUCCAUACUCGACAGCCGGACCAAUGAGUUUGCCAAGUGGCUGGAUUACUUUGGCUGGGUUCCCGGCGAGAAGAUGCGGACACGUACUUAUGAGGAGGUGCGGUCCGAUCUUGACCGGGAACUGAGCAAAGCGCAGGCCGGGGGUUGGCUUGCUCGCUUCCAGGAGGAGGACGAGAGAGUUGAGGCCAUCAAGAGGGGCAUCGACCUCGCCAUCAGUGAGUGCGACGAGCUCGACAACCUACUUACGCUCUACAGCGUUGAGUUAUCUACCUUGUCGGAUGAUAUCGCAUACAUUGAGGCCCAGGGCCAAGGUCUUCAGGUGCAAGCAGCGAACCAGAAGCUACUAAGAAAGGAGCUGGAGUCGCUCCUGGAAACCUGCGCCAUUAGCGAAGCCGACCUCGAGGCUCUCAAGACAGCGCAGCUUGAAACAGCCUCUGGUGUGGAGGAGAUCGAGGCCACCUUGGUCACGCUAUUCAAGGCCAUGGUGAAGAUCGAUCCGACGCUAGGCAACAGCGCGUCGCGCAAGAGCGAGGACCAAAACGGCGAUCUGGUGCUUGGCCUUAACAGCGACUAUGGCAAGAUGCGCAUCGUCCAGGAGAAGAAGGAGAUGUAUCUUGCGGAGAGCUCUAUGUUCAUGCGGAGGCUAGUCAUCUUCAUGGAAAGACAGUUCUCCGAGGCCUUCCGCGAGACGAAGAACGCCAUCGACGGAGCGCUGUCGAAGAAGGCCGACGCCCGCAACCACGAGGCCGGCAGAGAUCUGUUGUGGAUGUACGGGCCCCUCAUGCUCUACGCCAGGGAUGUUGAUCUCGACAACUGGAACCGCAUCUUGCAGAUCUAUCAGGACAGGAGCCAUCCGGUAUAUAAGGCGGAGUUCAAGGACGCCAUGGAGGCGUGGAAGAAGAACGCGAGGAAGCCGACCGGCGACGAGAGCGAGCUGCUGUUCACGUCGUACCAGGAAAAGAAGGACGAAGGCCUCGCGACGACGGCGCGGAAGCUCACUGUCAAGCGCAGCCAGACGCUGGCGAGGAGCCUGCGGUCCCCGCUCGGCGACGGCAGCCGAAACAACGCGGCGGACAAGGCCCCAGACGGGCGCGCGCUGCCUUACGAGGUGUUUGCUGGGGUGCUGGACGAUCUGCUGCCGCUGGUAGAGAUGGAGCAGAACUUUAUCGUCGAUUUCUUCCACGCUACGACGCUCGAGCAGUCCGACUUUUCAGACCUCGUCGCCGCUUCGCGGCCGAGCAACCGCCGCGGUGGCGACUUGAAGCGGCACAGGCUCAUGGAGCCCGAUCGCGAUCUUGCACGGAGGAUCACCAAGGCAAUGGAGUCGAUAUUCGUCUUCCUAGAGCCAAGCCUGCAACAGCUAAUGGACUGGGUGCUCUCCAUGGACCCUUUACAAGGCGUUGGCAUCCUGGCCACGCUCGAGCGCAAAAUGGCCGACAUGAGCCAGUCCAACCAGGACUUCCUCAACAACGUGCUACAAAAAUUGCACGGCAAUCUCGAAGCCAAGUUCAAGAAAUUCGUCGACGACCAGAUCCGCGCCAUCGAGGAAACCAAGGUCAAGAUCAAAAAGCGCAAGGGCGUCAUCCACUUCAUCCGCAUCUUCCCGCACUUCACCACGGCCGUCGAGAACAUGCUCGCCAACACGGACCCGGCCCUCCCGGUCCGCCGCAUGGUCGACCGCGAGUACGACCGGAUCCUCAAGUCCAUGUUCGACUCGCUGAAAGUCAUCGCGCGCGAGAACCCGGCCCUAGCAGCCAGCGCCGGCACCGUUCCGGCCUCGUCCUCGGCCUCCAUCUCCACCUCCAUCACGGCCGGCACUUCGACGGUCGCCGACCCGGAGGACAAGGAGGCGCUCAACUUCCACAUCCUCCUGAUCGAGAACAUGAACCACUUCCUCGAGGAGACGGACAACCCGCGCCGGCUCGAGGUGCUCGACGACUGGCGCGACGCCGCCCAGCGCGAGCUGAACGAGCACCUCGGCCUGUACCUCGCCGCCGUCAUGCGCCGCCCGCUCGGCAAGCUGCUCGAGCACCUCGAGAACGUCGAGGCCCAGCUGGCCGCCGGCAAGAGCGCCGCCGGCGUCGCCGCCCAGCCCAGCAACUCGCGCGCCGUCUUCAACAAGGUCCUUGGCAACUACGACGGCCGCGAGGUCCGCAAGGGCAUCGAGGCGCUGCGGAAGAGGGUCGAGAAGCACUUCGGCGAUGACUCGGAGAGUAGCGGCGGGUCCGGGUCAACGUUGGGCGUGCCGGGCGCUGGGAGCGGUGCGGGCGCUUCCGGGGCCAGCGCCGGGAGUAGUAGUCUGGUGAACCGCGUGCUGAGGGAGUGUGAGCGGUUCUAUGGCGACGUGGAGAUGCGCAUCGGCCGGGUCACGACCGACGUGUAUGGUGGCGACGUGCUGUUUGAGUGGCCGCGGCAGGAGGUCAGGGCGGCGUUUGCGGGCGUCGGGGGAAGGUGAGGGCCGGGCCCCCCGGUGGACGGAGGUGAUGGAGAGCGAGCGGGCUGGUUGGGCUGCUUGGGUGGGUUUUGGUUAGGUAGCGUGUGUGGCAGGGCGUGGCAUGUCAUGUUGGUAGUGGGGGUUUGCGUUUCAUGAGGACU